CAAAAAGAUUUGGGGUGGCUGGGACCCACCCGGGGGGGCCAAGGGAGCAUGGAAGGAGUACUUGUUGACGCACCACCAGGCGCUCUAUGGGAAAGGAGCUCCUUACGACCCAGCUUUGCACGGACCUAAGCCGUACGGUAUAGGUAUACCUGGCUGGCCUCCCAACUGGAACGGUCUUGGAUACCCACUCACUGGUAUGGAGCCGCCGCCUUGGGCGUACGUGCCUAAGAAGAUAGGCAAGCCGUCGUUGUGCUACGAACCGCCAAAGCUCGGAAACUGUAAUCCUAAAAAAUUACUCACUCGAUACGGCUACAACCCUUUCCUGGACAAAUGCCUGCCGUACACCUACACCGGCUGCAACGGCAGCAGGAACAAGUUCCUCAACGAGGCGACCUGCAUCAAGGUGUGCAUGACGGACCCUCAGUCCGGCUGCGAGCACGACUCCGCGCUGCCGAUAGACAGCUUCGUGUGGGCACGCCGCUGCGGGUACUCGGACGACGAGCCUAACGAAUACGAUGAAAUAAAAAGUUAA